UUAAUUGGGAACUGCUCUCCUGUUCAUACAUAAUGGGGGGAAAGAAUAGCAUGUUUCGAUAUGCCGAUGGCAUCGACAAGUUGUUGAUGUUUUUCGGAGCUUUGGGCAGCAUUGGAGAUGGGUUGCAGUACCCUGUAACAAUGUAUGUUCUUAGCCAUGUGAUCAAUGAAUAUGGAAGCCCUAAUAGCCCCUUGACUAAUGAAACAGUAGACAGGUAUUCGCUCAAGCUGCUGUAUGUUGCAAUUGCUGUUGGACUUUCUGCUUUUAUCGAAGGAAUGUGUUGGACAAGAACUGCUGAGAGACAGAUUUCUAGAAUGAGAACAGAAUAUCUGAAAUCUGUUCUUAGACAAGAAGUUGGUUUCUUUGACACACAAGAAGCUGGUUCUUCCACAACUUAUCAAGUUGUUUCUACCAUCUCUAAUGAUGCCAAUGCAAUUCAAGUUGCAAUUUGCGAAAAGAUACCUGACUGCCUUACAUUCAUGUCAACCUUCGUCUUCUGCCUCGUGUUUUCCUUCAUACUUUCAUGGAAACUUGCAUUGGCCGCUCUUCCCUUAACAAUGAUGUUCAUUAUUCCGGGACUUGUAUUUGGAAAGCUAAUGAUGGAUGUAAUAAUGAAGAUGAUCGAAUCUUAUGGGAUUGCUGGUGGGAUUGUAGAACAAGCAAUUUCUUCUAUAAGAACAGUAUAUUCGUAUGUGGCGGAGAGCCAGACAAUAGACAACUUCAGCGGUGCACUUCAGAAGACAAUGGAACUAGGAAUAAAACAAGGUUUUGCUAAGGGCUUGAUGAUGGGGAGUAUGGGAAUAAUAUAUGUAGGUUGGGCUUUCCAGGCUUGGGUUGGUACUUAUUUGGUAACUUCCAAAGGUGAAAAGGGUGGCUCCAUCUUUGUAGCUGGAAUCAAUGUCAUCAUGGGAGGACUGAGCAUUUUGGGUGCACUCCCAAAUCUAACUGCCAUCACAGAAGCAACAGUUGCUGCUACUCGUAUUUUUGAAAUGAUCGAUCGAAGUCCUAGUAUAGACUCAGAAGACAAGAAAGGCAAGGCAUUGUCUUAUGUAAGAGGAGAAAUUGAAUUUAAGGAUAUCUAUUUUAGUUACCCAUCAAGACCUGAUACACCAAUCUUACAAGGAUUGAAUCUUACAAUUCCGGCUGGUAAGACUGUUGGACUUGUAGGUGGCAGUGGCUCAGGAAAGUCUACGAUUAUCGCAUUGCUUCAAAGAUUUUAUGACCCAAUUGAAGGAGAGGUUUUGUUGGAUGGUUACAAAAUAAGGAGACUUCAGUUGAAAUGGUUGAGAUCCCAAAUUGGUCUGGUUAAUCAAGAACCAGUCCUCUUUGCUACUUCUAUAAAGGAGAAUAUACUGUUUGGAAAGGAAGGAGCAUCGAUGGAUGAUGUGAUAACUGCUGCUAAAGCUGCAAAUGCUCAUGAUUUCAUUGUUAAGUUGCCAGACGGAUACGAAACUCAAGUUGGUCAAUUUGGAUUCCAAAUGUCUGGUGGGCAAAAGCAGCGAAUUGCUAUAGCAAGGGCUCUCAUCAGGAACCCAAAAAUCUUGCUGCUGGAUGAGGCAACUAGUGCACUUGAUACACAAUCUGAAAGACUAGUGCAAGAGGCAAUUGAUCAGGCGUCCAAAGGAAGGACGACAAUCACCAUUGCGCAUCGACUUUCCACAAUCAGAACAGCAAACCUGAUUCUAGUUCUUCAAGCAGGGAGAGUAAUUGAAUCGGGUACUCACGAAAAGCUAAUGCAAAUAAAUGACGGACAGGGUGGAGAGUACUUCCAGAUGGUGCAGUUGCAGCAGAUGACAGCAGAAAAUGAAGCUCCUAGUGAUUUUGGUUAUAACAAUGAUGGGAGGAACUUCCAUAAGACGAAUGCUGCUCCAAGCCCAAUUAGCAUAAGGUCAAGUGCUCAAAACACUCCAGUGCUAUACCCUUUCAGCCCUGCAUUUUCCUUCGGCACCCCUUAUUCCUAUUCAGUCCCAUAUGAUCCUGAUGAUGACAGUGUUGAGGAUGACAUGAAGCGAUUGGAUUAUCCUGCUCCAUCACAAUGGCGACUGCUGAAAAUGAAUGCACCUGAAUGGGGGAGAGCUUUCAUUGGGUGCUUAGCUGCGAUAGGCUCUGGAGCAGUUCAACCCAUAAAUGCUUACUGCGUGGGAUCACUUAUAUCGAAUUACUUCCGCAUUGAUAAAUCUGAUAUCAGGCACAGAUCCAGAAUCUUGUCCCUUGUUUUCUUAGGCAUUGCUGCUCUCAACUUCACCUCCAGUCUCCUCCAACAUUACAAUUUCGCAGUUAUGGGAGAAAAGUUAACAAAAAGGGUGCGAGAGAAACUGCUGGAAAAGCUUAUGACUUUUGAGAUAGGAUGGUUUGAUGACGAUGAAAACACAAGUGCAGCAAUUUGUGCAAAAUUUGCCACUGAAGCCAACAUGGUGAGAUCACUUGUUGGAGAUCGAAUGUCGUUGCUGGUUCAAGCAGUCUUUGGUUCUAUUUUUGCUUAUGCACUAGCACUUGUGCUGUCAUGGAGACUAGCCCUUGUGAUGAUUGCAGUGCAACCAUUAGUCGUUGGCAGCUACUACUCGAGGAGUGUUUUGAUGAAAAGUAUGUCUGGAAAGGCACAAAAAGCACAAAAGGAAGGAAGCCAGUUAGCAAGUGAGGCUGUAAUCAACCACAGAACAAUAACUGCAUUCUCUUCUCAGAAGAGAAUCUUGGGGCUAUUCAAAGAUACCCUGAAAGGUCCUAAAGAGGAGAGUGUUAAACACGCCUGGCUCUCUGGUCUUGGCCUUUUUAGUGCUCAGUUUUUCAACACAGCUUCAACUGCAUUAGCUUACUGGUAUGGUGGGAGGCUCCUGACAGAAGGGCAAAUAUCAGCGGAGCACCUUUUCCAAGCAUUUUUGAUACUGCUUUUCACUGCUUAUGUCAUUGCUGAAGCUGGAAGUAUGACUAGUGAUUUAUCUAAAGGAGGCAACGCUAUCCGAUCGGUGUUUACGAUCCUGGACAGGAAGAGUGAGAUCGAUCCAGAUAGUUCAUGGGGAUUAGACAUUAAGAAGGAGAUAAAAGGACGUGUGGAUCUCAAAAAUGUAUUCUUUGCAUAUCCGACCAGACCUGAUCAGAUGAUCUUUAAGGGUCUGAACCUUAAAAUUGAUGCAGGAAACACAGUAGCCCUAGUGGGGCCAAGUGGUUCAGGAAAAUCUACUGUCAUUGGGCUUAUUGAGAGAUUCUAUGAUCCAACAAAAGGAUCUAUUUUAAUUGAUGGACAGAACAUAAAGAACUACAAGUUGAGGAUGCUUAGAUCUCAUAUUGCAUUAGUCAGUCAGGAACCUACAUUGUUCGCUGGAACUAUCCGUGAGAACAUCAUUUAUGGUAAGGAGAAUGCAACAGAAUCCGAAAUACGAAAAGCUGCAGUUCUUGCCAAUGCAGAUGAAUUUAUCAGUGGGAUGAAAGAUGGGUAUGAUACAUACUGUGGAGAAAGAGGAGUUCAGCUAUCAGGAGGUCAAAAACAGAGGAUAGCACUUGCCCGUGCCAUAAUCAAGAACCCGUCAAUCCUUCUAUUGGAUGAAGCUACCAGCGCUCUAGACAGUGUCUCAGAGAGCUUAGUUCAGGAAGCACUUGAGAAGAUGAUGGUUGGCAGAACAUGCGUAGUUGUCGCUCACAGGCUAUCAACAAUACAGAAAUCCAACUGCAUUGCAGUCAUCAAGAAUGGGAAAAUUGUGGAAGAAGGUUCACACAAUGAACUCGUCUCAUUGGGUCGUGGUGGAGUGUACUAUUCUCUGAUUAAAGGGCAAAGCAGCAGCAGCUCCCCUUAUCGUUUGAACAAAUGAUUGUGAAUUAGAAUCGAUGAUGCUCCAAUCCAUAUCUGACCUGUCUCAAAAGGAAAGUUUGGUCCUAAAUUUUGUAGUCUCGAGUGUGGCUUUUACCUGAAGAACCAUAUAAAUUGGUUGAGCUUGGUGACUGGUGAACUCACAUCAGUUGAGCUGAUAGGUUUUGGUUGUAUUUACUUGCAAGGUUGAGUGGACUAUGUUUAUGAUAGUUCAGAGUGUCAAUUUUGUAAUUAUGAAUUAUAGCAUAUAAUAAACUCAUGCUGUAACUUAAAUUGCAUAUACCUCAAGCCUAGAGAGAGUCAAAAACACUGAGAUUAGAGUAUCACAGUGCGACUUGCUAUGGAAAUA